UUUAUUUUGAUUCACACAGCUUGUAUUGUCGGUAGGUAGAAGAAGACACUAAAUAAAAUUACAGCUAAGUGGGUACGUAUACGAUCAAUUGGGAUGUCGACCAGUCUGAAGAAAACUCCAGAGAUAAUUCAGCAUGUUCAAAGGUUGAAUAAAAUAAGCAUCAAACAAAACUUAGCCUCAGAACACAGUCAGAUUCAAGGAACAUAUAUAAUAGAUUAUGAUGGCACCGAUGGAGAAGAGGCAAUAAUUGUUACAGAAAGUAAUAAUGAACUAGCUACAGAUAAGUUUAUUUGUUUAAAAGCUGACAACGGAAUGCUACUGAUUGAAGGAGAGCUUGAAAGUCAGAAUUGUGUUAGAAAUAUUCUGAAAGUGUUUAGUCCGGCUGGGUUUGAGAUGGGAAGUGUGAGAAAAGGGAUGUUUGAUUUAAACUCGCCAUAUGAUAUUUGUGGCGGCAAUUUGCAAGUGUUAUUUUACUUCAAAUAUUAUUCUUCCGAAACUUCAAUAAUGAAUCAGAACAACGAAGUUGUAGCAACAGUCAGUCAUAACACAGAAAAGGCAACGUUUGACAUAAGCUAUCAUUUGGAAACAGCUGCAAUUGAAAAGAUUUUGAUACUAACAGGUGUAUUGAUGUGCACCAAGUAUAAACAACUGUACGAUAACAGUCUCAGUUAUUGUUGGCGAUUGAUUUUCAGGCAAUUAAUACUAUUUUUGAUCCUCUGUCUCAUGCUUCCCUUCGUAAUAACAAUAUAUGUGUGUAUGUUUUUAUCGGUCCUCUUGCUACUUCCUUUUCCUUAUUUUGCAGAAGGUGCCGAAAAUAAAAAAAAGUUGAUUAUGUUUUUAUGUAUCUGUCCAUGGUCUAUGUUUUGUGUUUGUAGUUACUGCAGAAAUGACCAAGCAGACCGCGAAUGUGGAUGUCUUAAUGACUGUUUUGACUUCAUUUAAUAACCAACACAUGUCGUUAAUUGCAAACAAUGCAGGUUAUUGAAUGUCAAUGUCUCAUUGAAUUUAAAACAUCAUAUUUUAGUUUUAAGUGUUAUUGUGAAUCAAUGUGAGCAGCACAUACAAUUGACGAAAAUACACCAAUUAGUUAUGACAAAAGAGAUAUGAAAAACUUUAGUAUUGUUUCUCAUAUUGUAUCUUUCUGACCUGCUGUAUUUAACAUAAAUAAAUGCAAUGUUGAUCUAAAAAAUUUCAUAA